AGGGAAUGAAAUAAAAUGGCCGUUGUUUGGUUAAAUAUAAAGUAUUGAAAUAGUCUGUUAAAUUUUUUUUAAUCAUAAAAAUGAGUGUGAAAGAAAAUUCAACGACAAUAACAAAACCUACGACCGUUCCUAAUACUAAAUCUUACGGGAAGAUAGUACUGACAUUGCAAAAUUGUCUUUUACCAGAGGAAAAGCUUAAUAACACCCCAUCGCAUUUAGACGAUUUAGAUGCCGAAACUGAAACAGACCUUCGAAUAUUAGGAUGUGAACUAAUACAAACGGCUGGAAUUCUUUUGAAAUUACCUCAGUUAAGCACAAUAGAAAAUUGUAAGUUAAUUCUAUUGCGAAGUUAAACUCCGCGAGAUUGUAAAUCUAAAGGUAUCGUACAAAUUAAGGAAGAGGAAGGAACAUGAUACUAUCGUCACGUUCUCUCGUCGUUUUCUUCACGUAUCUUUCGUGAUAUCUACAACAUUAUAACAUGGUAUAAUCCCAAUAAAAUUGUAUGUAUUAUUAUUGUACAUAUUUGGAUAUCCCUUGUAGUUAGUAUGGCAAAUAAAUUGGUUUGGUACAACCAUUCGAGAUGAAAGUAAGUGUAAUAUUAUAAGUAAAACAAAAAAAAAAAAAAAAAAAAAGGAAGAAAAAAAAAAAAAAAAGAGAACCUAUUUUCUUCGUUACAAUUGAAUUCUCCUUACAGUAACGACAUAGUUAUAUUCGUCAAAAUCAUUUAUAAUGUUAAAGUAUACAACAAUAUCACUUUUUUUAAUAAUCAAUUUCAAAUCGGGAAAAAGCUCUUUCCUCGUAAAUUAUCUUUUACAGGUUGCAAUGGCCACUGGACAAGUAAUAUUUCAACGCUUUUAUUAUAGUAAAUCAUUAGUCAGGCAUAAUAUGGAAAUAACAGCCAUGGGUUGUAUCUGUUUAGCUUGUAAGAUAGAAGAAGCACCCAGAAGGAUUAGAGAUGUUAUUAAUGUUUUUAAUCACAUUAAGCAAGUUUCCUGUCAAAGGCCGAUACAACCCGUAAUACUGGAUCAGAAUUAUGUAGCAUUGAAAAAUCAAGUUAUUAAGUCAGAACGAAGAGUAUUAAAGGAAUUGGGUUUUUGUGUACAUGUAAAACAUCCGCACAAAAUCAUAGUAAUGUACUUGCAAGUUUUGGGUUAUGAAAGGAAUCGUGCCCUGAUGCAACAAUGCUGGAAUUAUAUGAAUGAUUCAUUAAGAUCGGAUGUAUUUCUGAGGCAUCAACCAGAAACCGUAGCGUGUGCAUGCGUAUAUUUGGGUGCUCGUCAGCUUCAAUUACCUUUGCCAUCCUCGCCACCGUGGUUUUCCCUUUUCAAAGUCAAUGAAUCUGCUAUAAGGGACGUUUGCCGUCGCAUUUUACGAUUAUAUUAUAGGCCACGUGUAAACCCAGAACAAUUGGAAAAAAAAGUGGAAGAAUUGCGUCGCCAAUAUGAGGAGGCAAGAACAAAAGCUCGAGGUGGUGAUGUUGAUAGUCAUACUCCAAGUCCACCAUUGCCUAAACAUCAUAAUGCUUGGGGUGGUUUUAUUAGUCGCAGUGGCACACACGCUGUGCCAGAAAGAACUAAAUCACCGAGACGUUCCAAGUCAACCAGUACUUCUCCGUCGAAAGGAGAAGGAGCAAAGCAUAAUAAAAGAAAGAAACAUGCUAGUAGAAGUAGAUCUCGUAGCCAUAGCCAUGGUAGAUCUCGUAAACCCAAGAAAGCUCAAAGAAGAAGAUCAGGUAGUCACAAAUCAUCACGCAGUCGUUACAGAUCACAUAGUCGAUCCCGAGAAAGAGAUUCGGAAAAAUCAAGUAAACAUCGCAGUAAGCAUAGACGGCAUUGAACGUAUCACAAUAUAAGUGCGAAAUAAAAUUAGGUUAUAAAAAAAGAAAGAAAAAAAGAAAGAAAAAAAAAAAAUAUAAAAUUUCUCGAAUAAAAUUUGGAAUUCCUAGGGAAAAAUAAUUUUUUCUUUGAGAAGUUGUAACGUUUGUAAUUUGUAAUCUUUGUAAAUAAAAUAUCAUUUUGAACUAUGUCA